AUGCUUGUCGCUAUUAUGGCGCUUUNCAGUGCAAUAUGUGGUCACACUUUUUGUCAAACAUGUAUUAAUCCAUGGAUCGCUCGUCAAUCAACAUGUCCAACUUGUCGUACUAGAACGUCGACAGAGGAAUUUCAACCGAUUUCGACUCGUAUUGUACUCAAUCAACUUGAGAGACUUCUCUUACGACGCAAACGAUGUAAUGAAGCGAAUAUUCAACGGGGAAACAUCAAUGACCAUGAAAAACGAUGUCCCAAUCAAACAGUUUCGUGUCCGGCUUUCGACAUUAAAUGUACGUGGAAAGGUACACGCAGUGCACUGAUGGAACACAAUCUAAAGUGUCCAUUUCAACAAAUUCGUCCAGCAAUCGAUGAUUUAUACGAGCACGUGAGAAAUAUUUAUGAACCAUUAGUAGAUGAGUUACAAACAGUUCGACAAGAGUUAGAAAAGCAACUAAAGCGUAACAACGAACAAAAUCGAUUUCUUCUUGCAGUGUUCAAUAAAGGAAAGCCGAUGACUGACCGAUGUUCAGGUCAUACUAAGGGCUGUCCGCUACAGCAAAGCAUUCAGAUGAGUGCGAGAAAUUCAAUGAUGCAACAGAUACAGUAUUCGCAACCACAAUACCCACAACAACCAUCACAGUUUAAUCAGAUAAAGGCAGCUCCAAUCAACAGCCCUCAAAGAUAUGGUCCAUCUGAAAACCAGUCAGCAAGAAAUCUUCCAACAAAUAACCUAUUUUAUUGCACUAUUUGCCGAAGUGGUGUUGAACCUAAAGAUAUAUUACUUCAUCACUGUGAAGGUGGCGGCAUCUGCCGCACAUGUGUCGAAACUUAUGGUAACUUAGGCGAUUAUGAACAAAAUCUUACCGAUACACGUUAA